UUCAGUAUAUGCGUGACAGUGGUUGUGCUAAAUGUUCACUUUCGAUCGCCACAAACUCACAAAAUGGCGCCUUGGGUGAAGAGGGUUUUCAUCCAUAUUCUUCCUCGCUUGCUGGUUAUGCGAAGGCCUCAGUAUAAAUUCGAAACAAAUAGAUAUAGCUCUGGCAGAGUAUUAAUGAGAACAGUCAGAGGGAAGGAAAAGACCUGUUAUUAUCCUUAUCAUCCAUCUACCCAGGAGGAUAGCGAAGAACAUCUAACACCUAAACGAUUUCACAGUCGCGCCGCAUCGAAAGAAGACCUUUCACCUUCCAGUCUCGCUGACGGUGCAAGGUUCGGUGGAAGUUGCCUAAUCCAUGGACCACCGUUACCACCGCUUCCUCUUCACACAGAAUGCGAAGAUCUCUCUGUCUCUGGCGAGGCAGGGAUCGAAGAGGUUAAAAGUCCGGUGCUACGAAGUCCGCCAGCGUUCUCGCAUUCGCGCUGCCCCCCAGAAAUUCACAAGUCCUGCAUCUGUGUGCGUUUCAUCGCGGAGCACACUAAAAUGCUCGAGGACUCGACUAAGGUGAAAGAAGACUGGAAAUACGUGGCGAUGGUGUUAGACAGACUGUUUCUUUGGAUCUUCACUCUCGCGGUGCUGGUAGGCACGGCUGGGAUCAUCUUGCAGGCACCGACCCUCUACGACGACCGGGUACCAAUUGACAAAAAAUUCAGCGAAUUCGCAACCACCACGGUGGUGAACUGUCCGCCGCAAUAGUCCAUGCCCGAGCCCUGCACCGUAGACAAAGACUAAGGACCAACACAACCGGAUGUUAUUUACUACCAACCCGGAAUCUCACCCUAGUCUUGGGGGAACUUCCAGCUUCCGCUAUUGUUCAAUAACGAAAUUACGGUAAAAGGGCUCCAUUCUCUAUUCGGCAAGCAAUUGCUAAGUAUACGACAUGCACCGAGAGUUUCACCAAUGCAGAGGACAAAGAAGAGGAACGACGAGAGAAAGUUCAAGGAAGUACUACGAGGUUUAUCUCUUUUGUUUCUCUUUUCCCUCUUUCCUUUUUUGGCAUCGUCUGACGUUGCUCCUGCAAUAACAUACUAAUUAGGAAAAGUGGUAAACGAGGCAUGGGUUAUUUUGGAGAGACGAGUAGAUGUUAUCCCUUUUAGCGAUGGAAAAUUGUCGUUCUUAGUUGCUGGCAAUGAUACAUGAAGUGAAAAAUCGAAAAUUCAAACGAUAUGUCAAAUGUAAUUGAACACAUGAGAAAAGAUAUAUAUGAAAUUAGAUUCGAAAAUUGGAUUGAUCAACUCCAUUUUGUAUGUGAAGUUUUCAAUUUCGUUAGUCAGUUCAAUAUUCAAUAUCAAGUAUAAAGAUAAAGGAUUUGUUCGUUAAAUAAUUGCGAAUUUGAAGAUAAAUUUUUUGAAAAUGAUGCUUGUAAUUGUCAUUUCUCUUUGUACUUUAAUUUAUGGAGUUGAGUCACUAUGCUUGAAAAAUGACGAUUCUUCGCUGAGCAUCCUGAAGUUGCUAUUUAUUUAUAUUCAAUAUUGCAGUUAUUAAUUUAAAUUAAAUUUUUAUCACUUUUCUUUCAAUUUCAAAUCACUAAAAGGGUUAAUACCUUGGGAUAUUAAUAUUUUCGGUUCUGCUUGGAAGAAAUUAUUCCUAGAUUGCGGAUUUUUAUGCAAAUUCAUAUUUUUGAAAACGUAAUUAGCAAGUUAGAGCUUCGGUAGAAAAUUGUUUCACGUAUCACAGUAUUAUGCUUUGAAUAUUUUACAUAUUUUAUAUAAUAUCAUAGUAGGAACUCGAUCAAUCGAAUUAAGAUUAUUUGCGAUUUUAAUUCCCGUUGUUUUAUGUAAUGAUUUAUAUUUAUUUAA